UUUUUUUCUUUUCGAUCGUUUACAGAUGACUGUCAAAUGGUGGUCCGUGUUGGUCGCGCUGGCGUGUUGCUCGAUCCGCCGCACCGUCAUGUGCACGUCCAGUGUCAGAUUAGACCUGCGACCGGUGCCGUCCAACGACCCUGGCGUCGUUGAUCUCAUCGAGAUGCCCAACCCGGCGCUGGACCCCAGGCCCGCCGACCUAAACGUCACGGCGCUGUUGGCCAAACUGGCUGCCAAGUUCGACCCCAAGUGCAUGAGCGUCACAGCCCCCGAACACCUGGUGCCAGUCGCCGACAUACCCUUCAGGAGGAAUCGACGGGGCCGAUUGGUGCCCACCGGAAAGAUGCCAACGGGGAUCCGAGAGCUGGACACCAAAUACUUCUCCCUACCGGACGGCCGGAGGCUCCGGACCCGGAUAUCCGGUCAACUGCGCCGGAAGAUCCAGCAAUACCUCUGGGGCCGGACGGCGUGCCCGAUGCACAGACAGUGGAAGGACCUGGGCCAACGGUUCUGGCCACGGUGGCUGCUCGAGGGCCACUGUCCCAAGGGUGAGACGUCGUGCUCGGUACCCGCGGGAAUGUACUGCCGAGCCACUGGGAGCCAGUACAAGACGCUUUUGCGAUGGCAUUGCCGAAGCCCUAACGUCCCAUCGGCCUCACUACAAUACAACAGUCUACCGGGCACAAAGGCGACGGGGUCGGUGGUCAACCAGAUAAAGGUGUGCCAGUGGAUCAAAGUGGAGUAUCCGGUGGUCACCGAGUGCGGUUGCGGUUGCGCGACCGACGUCUCCGAGUGACAGGGCGGGGCGGAAACCACUUGCAACAGUGGAACGAAACUAAAUCAUAUUAUUAUUAUUAUUAUUUCAUUGUAUACGAGUGGAAUACCUUUUAUCAUUAUUUUUUUUUUUUACGAGUCGGACGGCUUGUCGCACACUACUAGUCUUAAUAUAAUAAUAUACGGAACACGGUUUUUUUUUAAUGACCAAUUAGUUGUUAAGAAUUUCAUAUAUUUAUAAUAUUAUGCUAAUUAUUAUUUAUAAUAUUACGUGUACACCGUCGUCCAUAUCGUCAGUCYCGAACGUAUCAUACUAUAUAAUAAUAUUAUCAUUAUUUUUUAUUAUUCGGAAGAGUCGAUCGCACAUAUAAUGAUAUAUCGUAUAUAUCAUUUUAAUAUAUUAUACUAUUAUAACGAUCGUCUUUCCGACUCAUCCAGACAUCUAUAUUAUAUAGAUUGGAGAGUUAUUAUAAUAUUAAACUGUUAUUAUAAUACCAUCAACCAGCAAUAUAAUAUUAUUGCUCUAAACGAUAAUUAUUAUAUUAUAUAACUACUAUAAUAGUGCGUAAUACGCAUAUCGAUCGAUCGGUUGGCGCAGGUCGCYUAGUUGUUCGAUCACAAAUCCGAGAUAUUAUCACGUCGGUUACUCUAGUAGGUAACACCACCAUCGUUUAAGUCUUUUUCCCCCGACAAUCCUUGACCCCUCCCCUCCACUACCCUACACCACUACGAUUCAAUGUCAUUUUAAAUUAUGAUGRUUUAUCAUAUUAUAUUGUAAUAUACAAUCCUAUUCACGAAAUCGUAUUUUAAAYGUCGAAUUUAUUUAUUUACUGAUGCGCCCGUUGCGCCGCAACAGACACUGUUUUUUUUUUUUUUUUUUUUUUUAUAUCACUCUCGUUAACUGUCCGUUUUAAACAUUAUGCAUUUAUGCCUCAUUCGCUCUCUCUCGUGUAUUAUUAUUAUCAUCAUCAUCAUCAUCAUCGACAUUCUUUGAGAUUUAUACAUAUCAUAUUAUCGUUUUACUUAUAUUUUAUGCCAUCGAGCAUAGUUAUUGUCAGAAAAAAAGUAAUGCGAAAUCUGCGGAGUAAAAUCGAAUUUUUUUUCCUUUAAGUCCACCUUUAAUAUCAGUUCGUGUCCAUAUUUUGAAAAUUUUUUCCAAAACGAAUAUUAUAAUGCUUGAUAUUAUAUUUUUCCGUUUUGCUUUGA